AUGACAGAAAGUGAUUGGUGGCCACAACAGAUCUUGAUUAAAUGUCCUAAUCAGAUAGUCAGACAGAUGUUUAAGUGUCUAGUAAUACAUAUUAUAUCACAGUUAAGAUCAACACAAGUUGAAUUGUAUAUGGAACCAAUUGUUGAACUUGAAGAUGGUACUAUAGAUGUAUCCCAGUUAGGUCAAGGGUCAUGUGUUACAAGAUUUAUACGCAAGAUGUUAACUAUUAUUGAACAUGGUGUACGUCCACACAGUAAAUAUCUCUCUGAAUAUUUUGCUUUUCUCUUGGAAUUUGCGAAAGCUGGUAAUGAAGAAGCCCAGUUUUUAAUACAUAUUAAUGCUAUUUCUACUAUGGUUACUUUCUAUAUGGGACAGAAAGCACAAGAAAACUAUGUUGAAAUAUUAUCUGAUGAUGAAGAAGAGGAAGAUGUGAUAUCAUUAACUGAUGAUAAUUAUAGACCUAUCUCACUAGAGAAAAUGAUAACAUUAAUAGCUUUAUUAGUAGAGAAAGCUAGAACUAACGAGAAACGUCUCAGAUUAUCCAAUAAAGAUAAAACAGCCAUUAUGGGAGGAAAGGGAUUUCCAUUUUUAUUUAAUCAAAUACGUGAUAAUAUUAAUAUAAGAGAGACAUGUAAUUUAAUAUUUAAUUUAACAAGAUGGAAUGGUAAUGAAGCUGUCACUAUUGUAAAUAUGAUUUUUGCUGCUAUAAAGAAACUUACACCUGAGCUAUCACAGCCAUUCUUUAAGUUAUUAUCAUUAUUAGUUGAUUAUAUGGGAGCCCCAGCAGGAACACCACACUAUACACAAUAUAUAUUACAUAAAUUCUGGGAGUUAGCUAAAGCUUGUCCUCAGCAAUGUUUAGAAUGGUUAGCUGGUCAAGUUACCAGAAAUAAAGCUGCUCAAGCAUGGUGUCUUAGUCAAAUGGAUUUAUGGGUAGAAUGUUAUUUGAUAGCACAUAGUAAUUUAAGAGUUCGAAAUGCUGCAGCCUAUUUACUGGUAGCUUUGGUACCUAGUGUUAAUUUCCGUCAAGCAUAUAGACCACCUAGAAGUUAUCAUAGCCCUCUUAAAGAAAUAGUUAUAUAUUCUCAUUUAUUAUCCUUGUUGUCUCGUGCCAAGGCUUAUGUAGAUCCACAAGUUCAUGGUACAACUAAAUUAACAUGUUAUUUUGCUGUGUUAACCUAUUGUUUAAACUCUAGAGCUGAAAAACUCAUGUUCAGUGAAUAUUUUAUUGAGUUAUGGCAACUAUUUCACCCUAAGUUAUCAGAACCUAAUAUUUCAAUGCAUCAAAAUAAACAGGUUUUGUUGUUAUUUUGGCAUCAAGUUUGUGUAGAUUGUGUUGAAAAUAUUCGACUUAUUGUCAACAAUCCUCAUGUUUGUAAAAAUAUAGCUUUUAAUUAUAUCUUAGCGGACCAUGAUGAUCAAGAUGUUGUAAUGUUUAAUAAAUUAAUGUUACCAUCAUAUUAUGGUUUAUUAAGAAUGUGCUGUCAACAAGAUCGUAACUUUACUAGAUUAUUAGCACAACAUCAAAAUAUACAGUGGGCUUUCAAAAAUAUAACACCAUAUCCAGCACAAUAUACUGUGGCUGUAGAAGAAUUAUUCAGAAUGAUGAAAUUAAUGGCUGCUAAGAAUGAUGAUACACCAGCAGAUGAAAUAAAAGCUAUUAAUGCGUUUCGUCAUAGUACUUUAUCAAUGUAUUUAUCUGUGAUAGAUGCCCGUUCAAUGUGGCAGACCUUAAUUAGUGCUUUUAAGUUGUUAGUAGAAAGUCAAGAAGAAAAGCUAGAUGUUGUCUUUCAUGGUGGACUACAAAUGAUUACUGAGGCUUUUAAUACAUUACAUGCUAUGUUUUAUGAAGCUACAGCGUGUCAUGUUACAGGAGAUAUUGUUGAUUUGUUAACUAUAUUGUUAAAAGUUUUAGAAACAGCUAGAGAGAUACGAGAAUCUAGAAGUGAAAUCAGCAGUCGUGUGAAAACAUGUUUUGCUGCUUGGAAGGAAAGAAUGGAAUUUGUGAAGAAGAUUUUAACUUUAUUAAAUUCUUAUACACCUCCAGAAGUUAGACAAGUUUGUUUUGAUUUAUUAAAACAGAUGGUGUUAACAUUUCAAGGAGAAUGUAUAUCUACUAUAAUACCUAUAUUAACAGCAGCCCAUACAGUCUGCCAGGAUAACUCAUUACCAGUUGUCACUGGACCAUAUUUUCCUAGAAGAGGUCAGAAACCAUUUGGAUCUAAGUCAACAAUCCGUCCCCCACGACCACAGUUUAUGAUGUGUUUAAACACAAGUCAAAUUGAACAUUCUAAUGGAGUUGAUGAAGUAUAUGAUCAAGCUUUAACAGAGUUUUUUCAACCCUAUCAUAUGUUAGUAGAUGUUAUGUGUAGGGUAGCUGUUAAUCAACAAAAUAUGAGUGAAGCUUUAAUCAACCUCAGUGCUAUGGUAGCAUGUGAAGGAGUACCAUUACAAUUACCAUUCUUUGCCAUGUUAUGGUAUGAAAUUUAUCAGUCAGAGCAAGUAGAUAGAAACUAUAUAAAGAUAUUAUGUUCCAGUAAUGCCUUUAUAGAUUAUGUUGAUGCUGUGUUAUUAGAUGAAAGAAGAUCUUUAAAUAAUCAAAUUAUUUAUCCUUUCUUCUGUAACUUCUUUCCCAAGGUAGUUGACGUUAGAGCACUUCUGAUAAUAUUUUCCGUCCAAAUGCCAAAACAGAUAAGUCCAUUAUUGAUGGAGAGUUUACAAUAUAUAUUGAAAGCUUGUCGUCUGCAUCAACAGCAGCGUAUAGAAGCAGAAGAACAAACUAAACUAGCUAAUCAAAAAUCACAAGAACAAGCUGAAGUAAAAGAAACAUCUGAAACAAAAGACGAGGAAUCAGGUGAAACGCCCUCUAAAAGAAGAAAAAUAAGUACAGAAGAAGAAGAGAAAGAGGAAAAGUCAGAAGAAAAAGAAUCUGAACCAAGUACAUCUGCUAUAACUGAUGUCACAGAGGAGAAAUCACCUGGCUCUCCCUCUACAGAUUCACCUUCAACAUCUACUGCUGAUUCAAAUCAACCCUCUACAUCAGCCUCUAAUAGACACCAUCAAACAGGUCUUUUAUUUAAUAGAGAAAAACCUAACAAGGUAGACAUGGUUGCCACACAAAUACAAAAACUGUUAACAUUGAUUGAGAAGAAAUCAACGAAGAAAUAG